GACAGGUGAAAAUUUGUGGUUAGAGAUCCUUGGACGCUGCAACGUUACGUGCCCAAACGAAGCAGACUUCUUAGUCGGACCUCCGUAUAGCGACUACAUUGACAUCUCUGACGGUGACUACUACUGCAAUAGAGGCAACAGGACCUGGUUGGGGACACAGCCAGUGUGUUUGGGUCGUUUUAACAACGCUACCAUGGUAACAGACGAGACCAACGGGAUCCGGCUGGUGGGGGGAGAGUUCUACGGCUGUGUGGAGCUGUACGAUGACGUCACGCAACAGUGGGGACCUGUGCGGGGAUGGGAUCCGGUCAUACUCGAGGGAUCCGGCCUGAAGAUGGCUCUGGCAGAUCUUGCAUGUAGAAACCUGGGGUUUUCGGGGGUACUUGCGACGGCUGCCUACAGAUUAUCAAACGGCACCAUCUUUAGAACCAGAUGGAACACAGUGGACUUUUAUUAUCUGAAUUCCAAAUACUACUACAUGGAUAUCUUACCUACGUACCCAUCUUCAGCCCCCAAGUUUGUAUUGCCCGAGCCAGAAGACAUCAAUACUCCAGACAGCUAUUCUUUACAUGAUGCUGUGGACCGUAUAGUUAGGGGACCGUGCGGGUCUCGCGACUAUAAAUGUAUAAAUAGUUACUACUCUAUGUGCCUGGCAUGUGCUGGACAACGGACAACGGCCGUCAGCGAUCUAGUGACCUGCACAUCUAACUAUAUUCGGGUCAGUUUUCCCCGGCCUCCGGACAACUCCGUCCAACUGUACAUCCAUCUAGCUGCGCCACCUUGCAGUGCAAAUCAGAACUCCACCCAUAUCUACAUCGAUGCGCCGCUCACAGCUUGCGGAACCACUAGACAGGACACGGAAGACGACAUCAUCUACAGGAACACCCUGACCAUCUACGUGAACACAAGCGCAAUAAUCACUCGUCAUCGCCUUGCAAAGAUCGGCGUAGAGUGUCAUCUGCCGCGACGGAAGACCGUCACUGUCAAGCUUGACCCUCAGAACUCGUCCGUGUUCCGGUCACACAUCGUUGGCAGGGGCACCGGUGAAUUCAUCAUCUCCAUGGAGCUGUACCUGAGUAACAACUUCCGGUCCUCUGUGUUAGUGUAUCCACUGUCCGCGGAGGUGGGACAGAUGCUGUACGUACAGCUGAAGGUGACGUCAGGCGACAGUAACCUGCAGCUGUUCGUGGACAGCUGUAUGGCCACGCCCACAGAGCAGCCAGACGACAGCAACGUGCUGUACCACCUCAUACGGGAUGGGUUAGUGUCACUAUGA